AUGGACGACGUCAAGAAGGAAGAAGAAGUUUCUGUGAUAGUGCUCUCUGACUGCACCGAGGAGAUCCCUUCUGAUGAACCGAGCUGUUACGAGGUUAUUGGAAUCGAAGCAGAGGUGAACUCACCGGGGGUUGUCCCCCCUUCCAAGGUUUGCCGUAAACUAUUUCCGGCGGAUGUCUCACCUCCAGUUGAUCAGGAGUCGACCAAUGACAUAGGCAUGUAUUUCAUAGACAUUGGGCCGGAUGGGAGGCUGGCACUCUGCUUUCUGGCCCUUCUCCUUUCCGUUGCCAUUUCCACAGACGGCGCCGGCGAGUGUCCGAAAUCAACCCCGGACAACGAAGCCAUGAAGCUGGCUCCGUGCGCGUCAGCAGCGCAGGACGCCAACUCGGCCGUCCCGAGCAGCUGCUGCGCUCAGGUGAAGAAGCUGGGAAAGAACCCCAAAUGCCUCUGCGCGGUGAUGCUCUCGAAUAUGGCCAAAAUGGCCGGGAUUAAUCCUCAAAUCGCCAUCGGCAUUCCCAAACGUUGUAACCUUGCCGAUAGGCCAGUUGGUUACAAGUGUGGAGCUUAUACGUUGCCGUGAAACGUGGAUUGGAUAUGAAGUUUAAUGGCGGA